AUGCCGCCACCGGUCCCUGCCGGCACGCUGCUCUCCGUCCCAGGGCUGCCGGUGUCCUCCCAGCCCGCCCAGCUCCACCCCGUCACCUCCCAGCUGCCACAGGCCAGCGUCUGCGCCCAGAAGUCGGCAGAAGCCUCCAACAAGGACGUGGUGGCCACUGAGGACAGCGUCCCUGCUGUCACCCCCCACCCCCCCGCCCUUGCUCUGCCGACCAGCGGAACCACCACACAGCCCAAGGCAGUGGUGACCACUCCAGCACCCCCCGGGAAGCACACAGACCUGCCCGAGCAGGGGCCAGCCGCCUUCGCUGAGGCCGUUCCUGAGCAGGCAGAGGACACCACCGCCUGGCUCCACACCGAGGACAGUGAGGACACUGUCCCCGAUGGCCCCGACAGCCCCAGCUUGGCCGCCUUCCUCCGAGAGCUGCCCGACCUCUCGGACCAUGUGGCAGAGGGCAGCUGCCCCAAGGAGCAGACAGCGGUGGCGGGGCUGGGGGGCAGCGAGGACACCGGCCCCGAUGACCCUGGCUUGGCUGCCUUCCUCAGUGAGCUCCCCGACCUCUCCGACCUGGCCAGCUCCGCCUUCCUCAAUGAGCUCCCGGACCUCUCCAUGUACAUGGUGGAUGGCGACGGCCCCCGGGACCAAGCGGUGGUGGCACAGCCAGGGGACAGCACGGACAACCGCUUGACCACCGAUGUCCCCCGCUUGACUGCUGAGGUCCCUGAUGAGCUUCCCCACCUCUCCGAGUAUGUGGGAGGGGGCAGCUGCCCCAAGGAGCGAGCGGUGGUGGCGGGGCUGGGGGAUGGUGAGGACACUGUCCCCAGUGUCCCCAACCUGACCACCUCCCUCAACGAGCUCCCCCACCUCUCGGAGCACAGGGCAGAGGGCGGCUGCAAGGAGCAGGCGGCGACAGUGGAGAUGGUGGCCGGCGAGAACACCUUCCCCGAUGUCCCCCACGGCCUCGCCAGCACCGCCUCCGUCGGCGAAGUCCCCGACUUCUUGGAGGAUGGGGUGCAGGACAACGGCCCCAAGGUCGGCCUGGCAGCGGCCAUGCUGGGGGACGCUGACCCCUUCUGGGGGGUGGCGACCUCCCCCUCGCAGGACCCCAAGGGGCAGCAGGGUGGGGUGGCAGCAGACCUCCCCACCCGGCUGCCCCCGAGCCCCUCGGAGGCUGCUGAGGAGGAGAGCUCCCUGGAGACUUCCGAGGAGACUUCAGAGGCCCGUCCUGCGGAGAGUCCCUGGAAGGAUCCCCCGCAGGGUCUUCUGGAGAGUGCCCUGCUGAGCCCCCUGCGCAUCCCGCUGCUGAGCCCCCCGGCCAGCCCCCCGGCUGCCCCCCAGUGUCAUCCGCCCCUCAGGGCCCCACUGGUGGGGGAGGCGCUGCGGAGGCAGCCCCGGGGGGGUUGGACCCACUUGCCGCACAGGGACAGCGCAGCGGUGGGCAGCAGCAAGCGCAGAGCAUCCGACGGCAGCAGCGUGCCCACCAAGCGAGCCAGAGCCCUGAGGGACCCCAGGGGGCAGAGUGCCCCACACCCCCCCGGCCGCUUCUGA